AUGGCUCGACUCAUCGUGGCAGGCGAAGAUCACGGUCUCCGACCAUUCAUCGUCUGGCUGAACGAUGGCUACCGCAUGCAUAAUGGAAUCACCUCACAGAAACUCCCGAACCGCGCCGGAUCGCGGCCAAUCGACCACUCGAAACCUCGGAACAUGGAAGACCACUUCCUGUCCGUUAUUGGGCGCGUGACUGUUGGUACUCUAGGCCUAUCAUCCGUCGUGAUCCCCGUCCUGAAGCGAUCGGUAUAUGUGGCAGGGAAGUAUAGUAUACGACGACACGUCCAGGGUAACGAUGGCAAGCCAACGCCAAUCAUCUCCUUCUGGACGCAGCAACGGCUCAUUCUGCAUACCCUGGCACAGAUCGCAGUGUUCGAGCCAUACACCAAGAAGUGCAUUCGACAAUUCAUGGAACCGUGCACAAAAUCAACCGUGCGACACGGAGUCGCGGCGACAUUGAAAGCGGUUCUGAAUUCCGCGACGCAAAGUAGUCUCUACAGCCUGGCUGAGCGGUGCGGAGCUCAAGGGCUCUUUGAGUAUAACCACAUUAUCCAAGGCCAGCUCGAAACGCGCGGCAUGUCUAUCGCGGAGGGGGAUGUGUUGGCCUUAUGUAUCAGACUGGCCUCGGAACUGCUUCUGGGUCGAUACAGCUUACCCGCUGCUCGCGACCCUUCUGCCCUGCUUGCGCACCACGAACAGGGGCUCUUUGACGAAAGUCACAACAUCAUCAAGAACAUGACAAAGGGCCACCGGAGCCCGCUUGUCGAGGCUAUGGGGCAUCGCAUGGCGUAUGAAGCAGCCGUUGAGGCAGGCGUGAAUCCCAACCUACUUGCACUCUACGAAGCAGGAGUUGUGUUGCAAGAUUCGAGCUGGUAUGUCCAACAUGCUGGGUUGACGCGCGAGGCACAAUUUGAGAAUGAUUCUCGUGCGCUCGAUGCUUGUCUUCCGCAUCUCGACCAUAUGCUCGACGGUACUGAGGCGAAGGAAUAUGCGGACUCUCCGCUUCUUUCGCAGGAGGAAUGGGAUAGGUUUACUGCUUCUUUGGAGACGUUCACAUGA